AUGACCUCAGAGAAAGCGGACGGGCUUGCGAUGAGUGUGGCCAUCCUGGACGAAAUAGAGGCGACACGGCGGCUGGUGGAUGUGUACUACUUCAGGCAACUCACCCAGCUGCACGCCGCCCGCAGUACGUUUACGCAGCACUUCGAUCAGCUGGCGCGAUUCCUCAACGCCGGCGCGAGUUCCCGCCAGGAGGGGGCUGACGCCGUCACGCUCGACGCGGCGCUGACGACGCCCAGCCGACCAAAGUGCAUCAAAGAUGAGACGACGAUGGUCUCGCCGUCAAUGGCCUCGCCGCCGGUGAAUCGUGCGACGCUCCACGAUAACCACUUCCUCACUGAAGUAGGCGGAGAAAGCCUGGCGGCGUGGCAGGGCGGCCCGGGCGGGGAGUGGGGGGCCGGUGCACGCGCGCGACCGACGCUGGACUCCAUUCCGGAAGAACGGCGCAGCCUCUCGCCACCGCAGGAUCGUUCUCUGCCAUGCAAAGUGAUUGUGGUGUUCAAACGCAAACGCUUUGCCUUGCUGGAGUCGCAAACGUACGUUGCCCCCGGCGAGUACGUUGUCGUUGGCGGCGAUCGUGGCGAGGACAUUGGGCUUGUGAAGCACUCCUGGGCGCUUGACGAGUGUGACCACAAUGGGGACAAGAAGUGGGGGGAGGGGGCGAGCAGCGUGCUUCGCGUGGCCAGUGCAUUGGAGGUGUCGCAGCUGAAUAACGUGCAGGCGGAGUUGGAGGAGCGGGCGGUGGAGGUGGCGCAGAAUAAGGUGGAGGAACACGGCCUUCCGAUGCUCAUCGUCGACGCCGAGUACCAGUUUGAUAUGAAGAAGCUUACCUUCUACUACCAGUCGCAGCAGCGGUUGGACUUUAGAACGCUCGUACGCGACCUGUACAAGACAUUUCGUGCCCGCAUUUGGAUGGAGGCCGAUGUGCCCUCGUAG